AUGCGUAAAAUUGGAAAUUUUUCUAAUGAAGAACUUCACUAUCUUGAAACUGAAAAGAACAAAUUAAAGGAUUUUAUAACGAACCAAUGCGCUAAAUUUGAAACAUCAAUUCGCAAAGAAGCUUUUAAUACAAUCAAUACUUCUUCCGAUGGUUGGCAACUUAUAAAGGAUAUUCAAAUUCUUCGUGAAGAAAAAAUGCGAAUUGAAAAUCAUUUAAAAGAAAAAUUAAAGGAACAAAUUGAACUUAAUCUACCCACACUAAAUGAAUUUAUGCAGAAGUAUGCAGUGUUCAAUGAUGAAACAAAGAAAAUUGAAAAUGAAUUAGCCGAAAUAAAAGACGAAAAUACUAAUAUUAUAGAUCGAAAACUACGUCUUCAGAACCAAAUUAAUGAGCUAGAUAAAGAAAGUGAAGAAGUUUCUUCUAUAAAUAAUAUUAAUGGUGCACGUUAUCAAUUGAUUCAAACACUAUUAGAAAAUGUUAACGACCUCUAUAGCCAAAAACUUGAUUUGAGAAAUUAUUUGAUGAAAAAAUAUGACCUGCUUAUUCAAUUGAUGAAUUUAAACGAUGAACAUCCAGUUACUGAAAAAUAUGUAGAAUAUCGCAAUAAAUUCGAGAGUUCUCCUGAAAAAAAAUUUUCCUUACGCAAGACUAAUAAUAAUGAAGUUAUAAUCUCUUAUGAUGGAGAAUGUAUUGACGAUACGUUUCACUUCCAAACCCUCUACAAGCAUAAAAGAAAUUUAAAAACUUAUUUAUAUACUCAGCUUAAAAAGACUAUUGAUGAUUUCAAUUCCGAAAAGCGAAAGUUGGAAGAAAAAUUAGCCUAUAUAACCGCAACCAAAAAGUAUCAAAAUCUCAAAACUAAUAUUCAGUCACUUUAUAAAAAAAUAUGCGAAUUGAAAUCAGAUUUGGUAAAUAAGUACAAUCAACUUAUUAAACUAGAAAAAUUCAUUAAAGACGAUUCUUCCAUAUAUACUAAGAAAGUUAAUGAGCUCAGGGAAGAGAUUCAACCUUUCAACGAUGUCUUCGAAGAUGCAAAUCAAGAUAAUAUAGAAAAUCUAAUUUAUGAUUGCGAACAAACAAUCGAAAAAUGCAAUAGAGAAAUUUCGAAUCUUCGAGGUGAAAGAAAUUACAUUAUUUCAACCAUAGAUGGUGUAAAAGUUCAAAUUGAAAGUGAUUUAGUUAAUAGGUAUAGUCAACUAAUUCAAUUAGAAGAAUUUAAAAAAUGGACGCUUGUUUCAGACGAGUAUCAUAACAAUAUAAAAAAAAUUCAAGGUAUCCCUAACCUUAGUGAUACUAAUAAUAUCCCUAAUCCUAAUGAUACAAAUGACGUGCAAAACAAUACUGAUCGAAUUCGACAGUUAGAAAAAAUCAUUUCAAAUCUUGAGGGUGAUAUUAAAUCAAAAGAUGAAAAAAUAAGUGAAUUAAAUGGCGAUUUGGAGGCAAGAGAUAUAAGAAUACGUGAAUUAAUCGAAUUGAAAAGUUCUCCUAAAAAUGAAACUGCUAAAUAUCCGUCAGAACUUAGGAAAGUAACAAAUUUCGAAUUUGAUGAUCAUGAUAGCAAUAACAUUGGGCAAUUAUCAAAUGAAAUCAAACAAUUAAAACAUGAUCUUGAAUUCUUUUGUACACUAAGAAAAUCUAUUACCUCCAUCAAUGAAACAUAUAUGAGAAAUCUUUUGAAAAAAUACAAUUGCUCAGCAGAAGUUCUCGGAAAAAACUAUAACAAAAACCUAUUAGAAGGUCUCUUGCAGCGUUAUAUUGUUGAAAUAACCAUUUCUAAAGCGAAAGAAUAUCUCAAUAUUGAUGAAUGGAAUAAGGAGGCUUGCUUGGAAGCCAAAAUAAAGUCAGUGACGAAUAGAUUACAAGAUUAUACAAUUGCACUUUCAACGCACCGAUUUGGAACAGACAAAGCCUCUCCUGCAAUUCCUACGAAAUUACGGCAAAUGGUAUAUACUCUUCUUAGCAACAGAGGUUUUUCUAAGAAUAAAGAUGAACGUGAACAUCCAGUUAUCGAGAGUUUAACGAAGGAAAUUUUAAAUAUAAUGAAUAGCUGUCGUAAAAUAAAUGACACUGUAAAGAACAAGGAAAUUGAAGUCAUGACCACCAAAAUUGUCCGACAAAUCAUUGUGAUUUUUCUCUUUCGAUUUAAAGUUCAAGAACCUAUUAUUGAAUACCUAUGGUUUGAAAGUAGAGAUAAAAUUGAACCUGAAUUUAUGGAAUACUCAAUAGAUGAUGAGCUUAAAAACGCUGAAGUGGGUAUUUGUUCAUUUCCCUUAAUUGUAACUAAUUUUAGGAAGCAAAAUCACAAAGUGAUUUCAAAAGCAAACAUUGUAAGAAAAAGCUUCUAA